AUGUCUUCUCCAUCAGCUCGAGACGGAAGUGACGUUGCCGUCGCUGCUCCAGGCGAGUGGCAAUGCAAUGUCUUUUACCAAGAUGACAACGGCGCGGUGCGUCAAUCUAUCCAUAACAAGGGCAAUUGGAGCCACACGACCACUCCGACCUUCACAGCCAAGCCGUCAAGUCCUCUAGCCGCUAUUAGCUUUGAUGGCGGAAAGGAAGUCCGUGUAUACUGCGUCUCGGGAGAAGGGUACCUGGAGGAAUAUGGAUACUCGUCCAACAAGCCUGGCUGGUGGGGUGGUGCGCUGAACAAAUUGAGAUUCCGCGUUGCCGCGGCCUCAAAGGUUGCCGCUGUGUAUUGGAACGAUAACAGGAAUAUCAGAGUAUAUGUCCAAGACCCGGAUAACAAGGUUCAAGAACUUGUAUACGAUAACAGUGGUGGCUGGAGGAAGGGAGCUUCUCUUCCCGUUGCUCAGGAUGGGUCCAGCUUGGCUGUUGUGCGCUGGGAAAAGGAAGGGCGGAGUUGCCUGCGCGUAUACUACCAGGCUCGUGACAGCUCGACCGUCAAGGAACACUGUUACGAGAAUUCUAAAUGGUUCGAAGGCGAAUUCUCUAUCCCCGACAUCCCCCCCUACGCCUCGAUCACCGCUGUGGUGUUCAGAGACGCUCAAGCUGGUGUGCACCUGCGAGUGUUCUUGCAGGACUCAAGCGCCAGUAUCAUCGCGUACCACAACGACGGAGGGUGGGUAAAGCAAGGGGCUGUCGUAGGACCUCUGCGCCCUGGAAGACGCAUUGCAGCCCUCGAAUGGAGAGAGGGAACUGAGCUGAGAGUCUUCUAUCAGGCUGAUGAUAACAAGAUUCGCGAACAGGCCCAGUCCAAUGCAGGAGCGUGGUACAAAGGCGAGUAUGAGGCUUAA